AUGUAUAAUCGACUACAUGAGAUCUCAGACGCGACUUCUGGAACUUGUUCCUGGGUUCUAGACAACAAUACCCUCCGAGAUUGGCAGCAUGCGCAGUGCGGACUCCUUUGGGUCAAGGGCAAGCCUGGUACCGGGAAAUCCACCAUCAUGAAAUAUCUGUGGGAUUAUUUUGCUCCAGCUAACAGCUCGGAAGCUAGAAUCACGGCGUCAUUUUUCUGCCAUGGUCGGGGGGUUGACCUUCAAAAGUCUUCAUCUGGUAUUUAUCGCGCCUUAUUGCAUCAACUCGUUGAACAGAUGCCCUCGUUACAUCAGGAUUUCGAGAAAAGGUUCCAAGCUCGUUGUAAAGCGCAAGGACCAUAUGGCUCUGCCUGGGAUUGGAUGGACGCUGAGCUAAGAGACUUCACAAAGGACUAUCUUCUGAGGUCUUGUUCUGAACUUGAGCUUCUCAUUUUUGUUGACGCUCUUGAUGAAUGUGGAGAGGACUGUGCCCGGGAACUCCUUGACUUCUUUCAGCGUGUUGUCACUGCUUCGGAAGCACAAAAUGACAGUACGCUCAAGAUUUGCGUUUCCUCUAGGCAUUAUCCACUCGUUCGAGCCGAUGUUCUGUUCGAAGUUGUCGUGGACGGCGAGAACUCCGCAGAUAUCCACCUAUACGUCGAUCAGAAACUCAACGCGUUCCGCGACAGUACUCAAAGACAUGACGAGCUGGUAUUGUCUAUUGCUUCCCGAGCUGGAGAAAUCUUUCAAUGGAGCGUUCUGGUGGUUGCUAAGGUGAUUCGAUCCCUGGAAGGUAGGAAGCCUGUAGAACUUAUCUUGCGGGACAUCGAAGAAACACCGCAACAACUAUUUCAACUCUAUCGCCAAAUUGUCCGGUCGUAUUUGGACGAUACAAAUGUCGACCUACGGGAUAAGAAACAGUUCUCUGAUCUUUUCCAGUGGGUCGCUCUUGCAAAACGGCCACUUUCAGUCCUUGAGUUGAGGUCUGCUUUGCUGAUCGACUGGGUCGAUCAACACUCUCAGCACUCGCUACCAACCUAUGCUGAUUUGUAUGCGCGCGAUCCCUUUGGUGCUGACGUCGAGUUCUUGUCUUGCGGACUUGCGAAAGUGGUCGAAGAGCUACAUUACAACUCUGUUUUCCUUACGGUCGAGUUCAUCCAUCAUUCGGUUCAGGACUACUUUUUAAGUGGUGGGGGUCUCCAAGAUCUUCAAGAUCUUCAAGAUUCUGAUUCUGCAACGACAGCUAGGCGUACGGCAGAACUUAACAUUACGGGGACAUGCCACAAGUCUGUUCUUCUCUCUGACGCAGAUGCUCAUAUUCGGCAUCCGCUUCUCGAUUACGCUCUCGAAUACAUCUUCUUGCAUGCUCGAUCGGCUGAGGAGGGACAGGCAAUGCAGAAUGAUCUUGUCCAGAUACUCAACUUCCCCCAAGAUGAUUGUAUGACAAACUUAGCAAAGUUUUCCUCUCUGUACAGAUGCAAUCUCCUCCAUGUUGCGGCACGCUUCGAUAUACCCAACCUCAUCAGUAGUGUACUGGACCUGGCGCCUAAGCUGAAUGCUCUCGACAGCGAAGGAGCGACACCACUGAUGCUGGCUGCCCAGAAUGGCUAUAUCAGGAUCGUGGAGCAACUUGUUCAGACCCAAAGAGCACAUUUGAACGCAAAGAAUCCUGAUUGUGCCACAGCAUUACAUCUGGCAAUCGAACAUGGACAUGUGGAUAUAGCCAAGGCUUUGAUCCAUCAUGGGGCAAAUGUCCGAGCCAGAGAUUGCUAUCAUUUGACACCUUUG